AUGGCCGGCUCACAGCUUAAACGCCUCAAGGCGUCGCUCAAAGAGCAAGGAAUUGUCGGUCCUCAGCAGUCGAAGAAGCAGAAACGACGCAAUGCCCAGGAUGAGCGCGGCCGCAAUGAUAAGCGACUCCAGCGAGGAGUUGUUCUCGAGGGCAUUCGCGAACAGUUCAAUCCUUUUGAUCUGAAGCAUGCCAAGGGUCCCAAGUUUGAGGUUACCAGUAACCGACCUACUUUGACCGCUGGCAGCAUCAAAGGACGACCUGGUCAAGCCAAGGCAGCCAGCGAAGAGAGGCGUCGACAAACCCUCCUGGUUGAGAUGCAGCGCCGAAACAAAGUCGGUGGAAUUCUCGAUCGUCGAUUCGGUGAAAACGAUCCGACAAUGGCUCCAGAGGACAAGAUGCUGGAACGAUUCGCCCGCGAGAAGCAGAGAAGCCACAAGAAGAAUUCCAUGUUUGACCUAGAAGACGAUGAACCAUCGGAGAGCCUGACACAUAUGGGCAAAUCUAUCAAUUUCGACGACUUGGACGAUUUCAAGGAAGACGACUUGGACGAGGAUUACGACAGCGAUGGUUCAGUCCGUGAGCGACAAAGAUUAAAGCGUAUUCGAGCAUUGGCGGCAGAGGGUAGCGAUGGAGAAGAUGAGGAGAACGGUGAACCUGAACGAAAGAAGACGAAGAAAGAGGUAAUGGAGGAGGUUAUUGCCAAGUCUAAGUACUACAAACAAGAACGACAAGCGGCAAAGGAGGAGGACGAAGAGCUCCGAGAACAACUCGACAAGGAGCUCCAAAACAUCCAGUACAUGUUGCAUCACAUUCGACGAGAUGACAAGCCUCAGGCUGAUGGUGGUGUCGCAUCCAAGAUUGCCGGCGUCGACCGCGAUGCUUUCGAGAAGAACUUCGAUCUCCAAGUAAAGAAGCUUGCUCAGGACAAGAGAGCUCAGCCUGCAGACCGUACCAAGACUGAGGAAGAGAAGGCCGAAGAGGAGUCUAAGAGAUUGAAGGAGCUUGAAGACAAGCGCCAGAGACGUAUGCGAGGAGAGUCGGUCAGCGAUAGUGAGGACGACGAAGUGAAUAACAAGGGCAAGAAGCCCGAGCAAGACGAGAUGGACCUGGAUGACGAAGAGGAUUUUGGCCUCGGUAGUGGCAUCCGAGCUCGUCCUACAGCCACAGAACUGGGAUUCGACGAUGAGGACGAUUUCAUCAUCGACGAUGAUCUUGUGGCAGACGGAUCUGAUGUGGAGCCUGUUGGCAGUGACGAUGAAUCGAUGGAAGAUGAAUCCGAUGAGGAAGCUGAAGAUGAGGACGAGGAGGAUGAUUUCACCAAAGGUCUGCUUAACGAGGAAGAGAGCCGAAAUCCUGUCUUCGACGCCGAUUCUAACACAAAAGCCUCGGCGAUCCAGAAGGGCGACGAGCAGGGUCUUCCUUAUACCUUUGAGUGCCCCCAAACCUGCGACGAGUUGAAGGCUACCUUGGCGCCAUACCCAACCAAGACCUACCCUACUAUCGUUCAGAGAAUUCGUGCCCUCUACCACCCCAAGCUCAGCAGCAAGAACAAGGAGAAGUUGGGCAACUUCGCCACUUCUUUAGUCGAUUACAUCGGUUCAUCUUGGGAUCCCGCAACUUCUGCCCCUUUUACUGUGCUUGAAAGCAUUGUCCGACAUAUCCACUCUCUUUCUAAGAUGUUCCCCAUCGAAAUUGGCAAGCAGUUCAGUCAGAACAUUGAGGAGAUUAGCACAUCGAGACCAUUGAACCUGGGACCCGGAGACCUCAUUCUGUUGACAGCCGUUGCUACCAUCUUCCCUACAUCCGAUCACUUUCACCAGGUUGCCACUCCUGCUCUCCUGACAAUUACGCGAUAUCUCGGGCAGAAGGUGCCACAGAAUCUGGCGCAUUAUGCUGUCGGUGCCUAUCUAUCAAUGCUCGCUCUCAGCUACCAGAAGCUUGCAAAGCGCUAUAUUCCUGAGGUCAUUAACUUUACACUGAACUCCCUCUGUGCUCUUGCGCCUGUUGCUUCCUCCAAGGACCUCGGAAACUUUCCUCUUCACAAAGCUCCUGCUGGUGUUCGUGCGAAGGCCGCGGAUGAGAUCAAGUUGCGGAAACUAAGUUUCUCGGAUUGUAUCGAUGGUGCGACAGAGAAGUCGGAAGUGUCAGCUCGCAAGGUUGCCAUCAUCGACACCACAGCGUCAAUCUUGGAGGCUGCUGCAGACUUGUGGACUGGCAAGAACGCAUUCCUUGAGACUUUUAGCCAGGCUGCGAACGUGUUCAAGCACCUCAACAGCAAGACUUGCCGGGCCCAAUUGCCUGCAGCUCUGAAUGAUAAGGUUGAGAAACUGCUGGCCAAGUUCGACCGCAUGCUCAAGGUCGCUCAACUAUCUCGUCGCAACACAGAGCUCCACCACCACCGUCCUCUGGCGAUCAAGACGUACAUCCCCAAGUUCGAGGAGACGUUCGACCCAGACAAGCACUACGAUCCAGACCGCGAGCGCGCAGAGAUGGCCAAGCUCAAGAAGGAGCACAAGAGGGAGCGCAAGGGUGCUAUGCGGGAGCUGCGCAAGGAUGCCAACUUCAUGGCGAGAGAGAAGCUGCGUGUCAAGAAGGCGAAGGACGAGGCUUACGAGAAGAAGUACAAGCGACUCGUUGCCGAGAUUCAGAGCGAGGAGGGUCGCGAGUCGAACGCAUACGAAAGGGAAAAGUCUGCGAGAAAGAGGGCCAAUCACAGGUAA